AUAACCUCGGCUGCCUGUGACGUAUGGCAAAAACAACAACAUCCUCUACGUCACUUCCUGUUAAAGCUUCUUAAACAUGGCGUUGCUCCUAAGGACGUUGGCCCGUCAGGGUGCCUGUGUCUCCAGACCACAAUACACUGUCCUCUUCAGACAUGCUGCUCCAAUGGGAACGACAGCUAAAGAGGAGAUGAACAAGUUUUGGGCCAAAAAUGCCAAAUUAAACCGACCCAUGUCUCCUCAUCUCACUAUCUACAAAUGGUCCGUCCCCAUGAUGAUGUCCAUCACGCACAGAGGAACCGGGGUUGGACUCAGCGGAGCUAUUUCAGCCUUCGCUCUGGCUGCGCUGGUAUUACCUGGAAAUUACCCCUAUUAUCUGGACCUGAUCCAUUCGCUGUACAUCGGACCCUAUCUCAUCGGGUUGGCAAAGUUUGGCAUCGCCUUCCCCGUCUCGUACCACACCUAUAACGGCAUCCGCCACUUGUGGUGGGACAUCGGAAAAGGCUUCAAAAUCCCAGAGGUCUACCGCACCGGCUACACAGUUAUUGCUCUUUCCGUCAUCACCUCCAUCGCUGUUGCUUUCCUCUGAGGACGUCAGAAGACAUGAGCAGACAGUGAAAGAGUAAAAGGGGAUGUGGACCGGGUGCACUGUUGGAGUUUUGUGUAUAUGUUUUAUUCUGGCCUCUUCUGGCUGCACUUCAUCAGAGUAUUAAAUAAAGGAUUAUAUAACGCUGGAUGCAUAAAAA